GGCACUCGCACAAAAAUGGAAAUUUCCCAUAUAUUCGUUUUCUGUUUGCUCAUCGCUGUUGCAGCAGCCCGUCCGCAGUUUCCGCUUUGGAAUGAGGACCUGACACAGACUUUCAUUCGUGGCCAGCCGAUUACAUCUCCUAGGCCAUCGACUACGGCUCAACCAACAACUGCAUCGCCUCGCAUGCUGGCUUGUAUCCAAACCUGCCCAGCGACCAGUGAAUAUAAUCCCAUCUGUGGUAGUGACGGUGUUAACUACUACAACGAGGGACGACUCAACUGUGCCAUUCGAUGUGGUCAAAAUGUUCGCUCUGUACACUUGGGCGUCUGCAGCACUACGUAGAGCAUUGCAUUAGGGGAUUUGUAAGAUCUGAAGUGAAAAUAUCCGCUACACAAUCUAUAGUUCAAUGCUUUACCAAUGACCUUAGAUGUGUAUGAAUAAAAACAAGCGAUUAAUAGUGAGGAGAAUAUACUCGAUCCGCUGCUACCUUGUAUCACAAAA